AUGAAUCUAUCUGAGCCGGUGAGAGAUGAAAGUCCUGUAUCCGAGCCCCAAACUGGGGAAGCAGCUGUGGAAUUUCUGGCAAAGCACAGCCUCUUGGGAAAAACAAAAUUUUAUUACCUGAAUGUCAGGCCGAACCAGGAAUACAGGCCAUAUGAUCUCAUUGUCGUCCCCAAACACAAGCUGAAUCCCGAGCACUACAUAUUCUCCACAUUUGGCGUCUUGGCCAUUUCUCCUGGACUCGGGACGGAGGUAAUGUCCCUCGCAGACUGGCAGCGAGAGGCGAUGCUGUGGUGUGCACUGACUCACAUCCAUUUCUUCAGGAACUACCUCCUGCAGAAAACCUUUACCAGUUGGUAUCGUGAGGUGAGGCGCCUGUGGAUGCUGAGGCAUCGGAAGUUGCUGUGGAACACCCUCCUCCCGGCCAUCCCUCAUUUCGGAGCAGCAUUGCUACAGAUUUCCAGGCUGAUACAAGAGCUGCGACGUGUACACUGGCUUCCUCGAGAUGUGACUGAACCUUACACUCUGGAUGAAUUCCUGCAGCACCACAGUCACAGGACCAUUGAGGCCUGCAACUCACUGAAGAAAUUCUUCAAUUACUGCAACAUUAUUCUCCAGAUGAGCACAGAUGAACAGAGACCAGCUUUCCUGAAGGUACACUUGGUGUUUGAUGCUGAUGGCCACAUGACUGUGUCCCCAGCUCGGUCCCUGCUCUUCACAAAAAUGUCUGAAAUCCUGAAGUCAGUGGGUGACAGCAUCUUCACGGUGGUGGAGUCUGUGCAGAAGGCCAGCCCUUCCCAAUCAGGAUCGGAGGAUCAGAGGGACACUAGGAGCAAGGAUUCACCCGAGACUGGGUCCAACAAGCCUUCCGAGGCAAUGUGUAAUGUGUGCAGAGCCCAACGGGAGGCAAGAGGAAGAACAAAAGCAGAAGGUUCGGGAGACACAGAGACUAGACCCUGUCACAUCUCCCAGCAUCUGAUCACUAAGCCAUCGUGCUCCAUUCCACAGCCCUCAGUCCUGCUCGGACUGCUGGACAGCAGAGGGCUGAGGGUGACUGGGGAGCAACUGCAGGCUCAUUUCAACACGAUGCCUAUCACCCUUCUGAGGGCAGAAAUAACAGCAGACAGGAAGCUGCAGAGUGCGCAGAGGAAGCAGAAACUGCUCAUCAAGGCUGCUAUGAAAGACAUCAUUCUAUUCCGAGCUCACCACAUUUGGCUUACAACAACUUACCAAAUGCUUUGUACGUGGAGUGCAGAUGAACUGGAGAAACUGCGACACUGGAAACUGCAGCAAUACCAGGUCAACCUGAUGCAGCUGAGGAAAUGGCUGAGGAGGAUGAAAGGAUUUGAGCCUCUGUAUGUGACCAGAAAUCGAGUGUUGGCUUUAGACUGUUCAAUCAUUCAUGAGAAGAUGGUGCCCUCUCUGAAAUCCAUGCAGCUGGAUAUUCUGAGUUUUUCAAGAAAAGAAUGUGAACAACGUACAGAGAAGCUGAUCAUUGACCUGUCUACAGCCAUCAAAGACCUGCAGGACAAGCCAAUAGAAGAUGUUGCUUUUGCCUUGUACUCAAGCAAGUUUCAGCUGUACGAUUCACAGAGCACAGAUUUCCAGCAGAGAAUGGACUACAUACUGUCCCUCAUCCAGAUUAUCCGCCUACACUCCCACCAACAUUCCUCAUAUGGGGACAAGGAAGAGGAGCAGAUCGAACACCUUUGGGGGACAUUUCUCCGGGAAUUUAAGGAAGCCUCUGAGUUCACAAUUAUGCAGCGGGACAGCACCAUUGACAGCCUGGAGCAGAGAUUCCGGCUCCUCUCAUCAGAGGUUUAUCUGAUCAAUGUCAACGUCACCUCUGGUCCCUUCUUGGAUCCUUCACAGAAUGCAGUCAUCAUCCUACAGCAACUCCUGGAUAUGAGAAUAAAGUUCUGGUCUCUGAAUGAGGCACUGGGACAGCUCAGCAAGUCCAGGAACAUCUUAAAAGGUGAACCCUUUGAUUUAGCUUUUCUCACCCUGACAGAGAAGAAUAUCACUCUCAGGCAAGCUUUGUGGAAUCUCUUCUUUUCAUCAUCUCAGGAAAUCAAGGACUGGAAAAAGACAAUGUAUGAAAAGCUGGAUCUGAACCAGGUGAUGAAUAUGUUGGACCAGUGGUUCCUGACAUUGGACCAGCUUCGAAAAUCCCUCCCUCCUGACGAUGAGAUUCUGCGCAUCAUCGAAAAAACGCUGUUGCAGUUUAAAAACGUCUUGCCGAUCCUGAUGGAUCUUCAUUGCCCUGAGAUAGAGGAAAGACACUGGAAGGCCAUCUUCAUAGGGCCUGUGGUUGCUGCGGGGCCUGUGGUUGCUGCGGGGCCUGAGGUUGUUGCAGUGCCUGUGGUCGAUGUUGGGCCUGUGGCUGCUGCGGGCCCUAAGGUUGCUGCUAGGCCUGAGGUUGAUGUUGGGCCUGAGAUUGAUGUUGGGCCUGAGGUGGAUGUUGGGCCUGUAGUUGCUGUGGGCCCUAAGCUUGCUGCUGGGCCUGAGGUUGAUGUUGGGCCUGUGGUUGCUGCGGGGCCUGUGGUUGCUGCAGGACCUGUGGUUGAUGUUGGGCCUGAGGUCAAUGUUGGGUCUGUGGUCGAUGUUGGGUCUGUGGUUGCUGCUGGGCCUGAGGUUAAUGUUGGGCCUGAGGUUGAUGUUACGCCUGUGGUUGAUGUUGGGCCUGAGGUUGAUGUUGAGCCUGAGGUUGCUGCUGGGCCUGAGGUUGCUGCUGGGCCUGUGGUUGCUGCUGGGCCCGAGAUUGAUGUUGGGCCUGAGGUUGAUUUUGGGCCUGUAGUUGCUGUGGACCCUGAGGUUGCUGCUGGGCCUGAGGUUGAUGUUGGGCCUGUGGUUGCAGCUGGGCCUGUCAUUGCUGCUGGGCCUGAGGUUGCUGUGGGGCCUGUGGUUGCUGUUGGGCCUCUGUUUGCUGCAGGGCCUGAGGUUGCUGCUGGGCCUGAGCGUGUUGUUGGGCCUGUGGUUGCUGUUGGGUCUGAGGUUGAUGUUGGGCCUGAGGUUGAUGUUGGGCCUGAGGUUGCUGCUGGGCCUGAGGUUGAUGUUGGGCCUGAGGUGGCUGCGGGGCCUGAGGAUGCUGCUGGGCAUGUGUUUGCCGCAGGGCCUGAGGUAGCAGCUGGGCCUGAGCUUGUUGUUGUGCCUGUGGUUGCUGCUGGGUCUGAGGUUGAUGUUGGGCCUGAGGUUGAUGUUGGGCCUGUGGUUGCAGCUGGGCCUGAGGUUAAUGUUGGGCCUGUGGUUGCUGCUGGGCCUGAGGUUGAUGUUGGGCCUGUGGUUGCUGCUGGGCCUGAUGUUGAUGUUGGGCCUGAUGUCAAUGUUGGGCCUGAGGUUGAUGUUUGGCCUGUGGUUGAUAUUGGGCCUGAGGUUGAUGUUGGGCCUGUGGUUGCUGCUGGGCCUGAGGUUGAUGUUGGGCCUGAGGUUGAUGUUGGGCCUGUGGUUGAUAUUGGGCCUGUGGUUGCUGCUGGGCCUGUGGUUGCUGCUGGGCCUGAGGUUGAUGUUGGGCCUGAGGUUGAUGUUGGGCCUGUGGUUGCUGCUAGACCUGAGGUUGAUGUUGGGCCUGAGGUUGAUGUUGAGCCUGUGGUUGCUGUUGGGACUGUGGUUGCUGUUGGGCCUGUGCCUGUGGUUGCUGCUGGGCCUGUGGUUGCAGCUGGGCCUGAUGUUGCUGCAGGGCCUCUGGUUGCUGCAUGGCCUGAGGUUGCUGCUGUGCCUGAGGUAGAUGUUGGGCCUGUGGUUGAUGUUGGGCCUGUUAUUGCUGCGGGCCCUCAGGUUGCUGCCACGCCUCAGGUUGAUGUUGGGCCUGUGGUUGCUGCUGGGCCUGUGGUUGCUGCUGGGCCUGAGGUUGCUGCGGGACUUGAGGUUGCUGCAAGGCCUGAGGUUGCUGCUGAGCCUGUGGUUGCUGCGGGGCCUGAGGUUGAUGAUGGGCCUGAGGUUGAUGAUGGGCCUGAGGUUGAUGUUGGACCUGUGGUUGCUGCUGGUAGUCUGAGGUUGCUGCGGGACCCGAGGUUGAUGUUGGGCCUGUGUUUGCUGCUGGGCCUGUGGUUGAUGUUGGGCCUGAGAUUGCUGCUGGGCUUGUGGUUGCUGCAGGGCCUGUGGUUGCUGCUGGGCCUGUGGUUGCUGCUGAGCCUGAGGUUGCUGUGGGGCCUGUGGUUGCUGCUGGGCCUCUGUUUGCUGCAGGGCCUGAGGUUGCUGCUGGGCCUGAGCGCGUUGUUGGGCCUGUGGUUGCUGCUGGGUCUGAGGUUGAUGUUGGACCUGAGGUUGCUGCAGAGUCUGUGGUUGCUGCUGGCUGGGCCUGAGGUUAAUGUUGGGCCUGAGGUUGAUGCUGGGCCUGUGGUUGCUGCUGGGCCUGAUGUUGAUGUUGGGCCUGAUGUCGAUGUUGGGCCUGAGGUUGUUGUUGGGCCUGUGGUUGAUAUUGGGCCUGUGGUUGGUACUGGGCCUGUGGUUGCUGCUGGGCCUGAGGUUGAUGUUGGGCCUGAGGUUGAUGUUGGGCCUGUGGUUGAUGUUGGGCCUGAGGUUGAUGUUGGGCCUGAGGUUGAUGUUGGGCCUGAGGUUGCUGCAGGGCCUGUGGUUGCUGCAGGGCCUGUGGUUGCUGCAGGGCCUGUGGUUGCUGCUGGACCUGAGGUUAAUGUUGGGCCUUUGGUUGCUGCUGGGCCUGUGGUUGCUGCUGGGCCUGAGGUUGAUGUUGGGCCUGUGGUUGAUGCUGCGCCUGAGGUUGAUGUUGGGCCUGUGGUUGAUGUUGGGCCUGUGGUUGAUGUUGGGACUGAGGUUGAUGUUGAGCCUGAGGUUGAUGUUGAGCCUGAGGUUGCUGUGGGGCCUGUGGUUGCUGCGGGGCCUGUGGUUGAUGCGGGGCCUGUGGUUGAUGUUUGGCCUGUGGUUGCUGCUGCGCCUGUGGUUGCAGCUGGGCCUGAUGUUGGUGCAGAGCCUGUGUUUGCUGCUUGGCCUGAGGUUGCUGUGGGGCUUGUGGUUGAUGCUGGGCCUCUGGUUGCUGCAAGGCCUGAGGUUGCUGCUGUGCCUGAGGGGCCUGUGGUUGCUGCUGGGCCUCUGGUUGCUGCAGGGCCUGAGGUUGCUGCUGGGCCUGUGGUUGCUGCAGGGCCUGUGGUUGCUGCUGGGCCUGAAAUUGCUGCUGGGCCUGAGGUUGAUGUUGGGCCUGAGGUUGAUGCUGCGCCUGUGGUUGAUGCUGCGCCUGAAGUUGAUGUUGGGCCUGUGGUUUAUGUUGGGACUGAGGUUGAUGUUAAGCCUGAGGUUGCUGUGGGGCCUGUGGUUGCUGCAGGGCCUGUGGUUGAUGCGGGGCCUGAGGUUGAUGUUUGGCCUGUGGUUGCUGCUGGGCCUGUGGUUGCAGCUGGGCCUGAUGUUGGUGCAGGGCCUGUGGUUGCUGCUGGGCCUGAGGUUGCUGUGGGGCUUGUGGUUGAUGCUGGGCCUCUGGUUGCUGCUUGGCCUGAGGUUGCUGCUGUGCCUGAGGUAGAUGUUGGGCCUGUGGUUGAUGUUGGGCCUGUUAUUGCUGCGGGCCCUCAGGUUGCUGCUGGGCCUCAGGUUGAUGUUGGGCCUGUGGUUGCUGCUGGGCCUGAGGUUGCUGCGGGGCUUGAGGUUGCUGCAAGGCCUGUGGUUGCUGCAAGGCCUGAGAUUGCUGCUGGGCCUGUGGUUGCUGCGGUGCCUGAGGUUGAUCAUGGGCCUGAGGUUGAUGUUGGACCUGUGGUUGCUGCUGGUAGUCUGAGGUUGCUGCGGGGCUUGAGGUUGCUGCAAGGCCUGAGGUUGCUGCUGGGCCUGAGGUUGCUGCUGGGCCUGUGGUUGCUGCGGGGCCUGAGGUUGAUGAUGGGCCUGAGGUUGAUGUUGGACCUGUGGUUGCUGCUGCCUGAGGUUGCUGCGGGGCCUGUGGUUGCUGCUGGGCCUCUGUUUGCUGCAGGGCCUGAGGUUGCUGCUGGGCCUGAGCGCGUUGUUGGGCCUGUGGUUGCUGCUGGGUCUGAGGUUGAUGUUGGGCCUGAGGUUGCUGCAGGGUCUGUGGUUGCUGCUGGGUCUGAGAUUGAUGUUGGGCCUGAGGUUGAUGUUGGGCCUGAGGUUGAUGUUGGGCCUGUGGUUGCAGCUGGGCCUAAGGUUAAUGUUGGGCCUGAGGUUGAUGCUGGGCCUGUGGUUGUUGCUGGGCCUGAGGUUGAUGUUGGGCCUGUGGUUGAUGCUGGGCCUGAUGUUGAUGUUGGGCCUGAUGUCGAUGUUGGGCCUGAGGUUGAUGUUGGGCCUAUGGUUGAUAUUGGGCCUGUGGUUGCUGCUGGGCCUGUGGUUGCUGCUGGGCCUGUGGUUGCUGCUGGGCCUGUGGUUGCUGCUGGGCCUGAGGUUGCUGCUGGGCCUGAGGUUGAUGUUGGGUCUGAGGUUGAUGUUGGGCCUGGGGUUAAUGUUGGGCCUGAGGUUGAUGUUGGGCCUUUGGUUGCUGCUGGGCCUGUGGUUGCUGCUGGGCCUGAGUUUGAUGUUGGACCUGUAGUUGAUGUUUGGCCUGUUGUUGCUGCUGGGCCUGAGGUUGCUGUUGGGACCGAGGUUGAUAUAUUAAUCAAAGCUAAGAAGGAAUUUGAACUUCAGAAACUCUUGCGGUCAGUGGAGAAACUCUGGCAGCAUUAUGAGUUCAAAUUUGUGACACACAUUGCAGUGAUUCAUUAUCAGGAUAAUGAAGGUGGAAAACAUCAUCAGCCUCAGGAAAGCUGGGCUGCAAAAAACAGUGGAACAUUAACCCUUAUCGAGAUGGAGAGAGUGAGAUGGCAGACUGAGGAUAGUUUGAUGACGCUGAGCAUGAUUGUGUCAACGACAGCACCUGGAAACAUUCAGGAAGAAGCCGAGAAACUUAUGGAAAUGAUCCAGCACUUUGGGGAGCUGCUGGAUCUGUGGAAAAUGUUCCAGGAUAAGUGGGUCUUUCUUCAUCAGGUCUUUUAUGAGAUGGAACUGAAUGCUCGGAAACCAGAUCCAAAUUUGAUGAAGAAGAUUGAAGAGGUGGAUGGAUUGUAUCGCCGGGUGAUUCAAGCCCUAUCCAGCAACCCCUCAGUUCUAUCUGUCAUCCUCUCCCAAGACACUAAAAAAUACCAGGGGAUGACACUCAGGAUGAUCUUCAGCACUGGGAUUGAGGCCAUGGAACAGAUCAUUCUCCAGAUGAAUCACCUCCUGGAGUCUGCCCGACAAGAAUUCCCACGGCUAUACUUCCUGAGUGAUGAUGACUUGUUGCAUUUGCUGACCCUGAGCUCUGAUCCCCGAAAGCUGCUGCCUUUUGUGACAAAGUGUUUCAGGGGGGUACAGGACCUUGAGUAUCAGGUUAUGAGCAGUCCCAAUCUGAUAAUCCCACCUAGAGUCAACGUGUUAGCAAUUCAUGGGGAUCUGCAGGAAAGAGUCAAUUUGACCCCACGAUUGGAAGCUAUCCCUAAAACCAUCCCUUGGUUACGGAACCUGGAACUCCGGAUACAACAAAGCCUCUUCCUUUCCCUGGAGAGCUGCGUAGCAGAAAGGACAGCCUUGGCAAGGGAAAUCAACAGUAAGAUUGUGUUAGAAUCCUCGGGCAGAUCUGAAGCCUACAAGGCGGCUCAGUUGAUGAAGUCAAUUUUAAAAUUAGCCAAUAGCUUCCCAGUGCAGUGCAUCUUGAUUGCUGAAGACUUUUGUUGGCUCAGUGAUGUGAAAAAAGUGUUGCUCAAGAGAUCAGUCAGUAAAGAGUGGUUCAAAACUCUGUACAACACCAAGAUCGACAGACUCGUGAUGAUUAUCCGUGGGCUCUGCAAACAUUCCUGGCAGGAGGCUGACAACCCACGUGUUCUGUUCUUGCUGAAGUGUUUAAUUUGCAAGUCAAUGAAUCACCGAGAUAUCUCUGACAAUCUCAUUGCCUCAAACAUCCAAUCCGAGGCUUCAUUCGAGUGGCACAAAUUCAUAAAAUAUCAAUUUGACUUUAAUUGGAUAUUUCCCAAGAGAGAAUCCUUGAAACCAUCAACCACUCAUUUUGGACAUUCAGUGCCAGGUAGUGACCAGUCCAAGUUUGGCCUAAGAUGUUACAUUAAUCUCUUGGGCAAUAACUACUAUUAUGACUAUGAGUACAUCGGCCCAAAGAGUGUGUGUGUGCAGAAUCCAGUAACUGAGAGAAUGUGCCUAGCAAUGAUCCUUGCUCUUCAAAACUUCAAUCCAUGUGCUCUCAUUGGGACCUAUGGCACUGGCAAAAGUUCAACCAUCUCACAUUUAGCCCAGGUUUUUGGAUAUCAACUGGUUAUCUUCCAGUGCUGCAAGGAUAUGAGCUUGGCAUUCAUCAACCGUAUUUUUAGUGGUGCCAUUCAAUCAGGUGCCUGGUUGGUGUUGGAGAACACUGACAGUCUGCCAAUGGGAAUAUUGUCUGUUCUGGGCCAGCAAUUGACCAGCAUUCAGAAUUCCUACAGGGAAUUAACCACAAAAGAUAUUUCCGAUAGAUCGUACACAGACUGUAGAGCUGGUCCUAACAGGAAGAAGUUUGGAACCAGUUUGGUGAGUGUAACAGACUGUGAGAACUUGCACACCAGCUACAGGUAUAGCUGGAGCUCUGAAUGCCAGAGACAAUUUGACCCAACUAGCCUAGGAAGUAUUGUCUUCGCAGGAAACAUCAUACCAGCCAGAGUGAAUUACGGUGCUUUUGUAACUCUUCAAAGAUUUGAUUCCAGUCUCUCAAUUCCCGAGAACCUUCGGCUGUCAUUGAGGCCAGUCAGUGUGAUCGAGCCAGAUCUAAAAGUGAUCAUUGAAAUGAAAUUCACCUCCAUUGGCUUUUUAAAGGCCUCUAAUUUAUCAAGAAAAGUUCUUACAAUUUUCGAGCUGGUAAAGGAUUCAGGUUCCAUCACAGAUUGCUGCUACCUACCACUGAUGGAGAAAGUCAUAGACAUCGCAGCAGAUGUCCUCUACCAAACAUUACAGGCAAAGAUCCCAGAACCCAGCAACAAUCAAUCCAAAAGACUUUCUAAUGUGCCCCAACCUCCAGCCUCUGAAGGCCAGGAUGAGCAGAAGGGGAAGAGAGGAGAUGGAGUCUCUGACAGAGGUAGGGUGAAAUCAGAUAGUGUCGAACAAUGUCUGUUAGUAUCUCAGCAGCCAAUCACUAAUUCAACAAGAAAAGCCAGUGAGUCAGAAGAGUUCAGUGGAAAUGUAUCAGCACCUAUCUUUAAAUCGAUACUCUUGGUUGAAGAACAUGCAAUCCUUAAAGCACUUAUUUUAACUCUGUUCCCAGCCGUGUCAGACCAGGAGAACCUCCUCAGUCUGAAGGGUUUAUUGACAGACCUGUUUUCACAGUCCUGUAUCCCAUCUAAUAAUCUAGAGUCUGAUUCCCAACUCCUGUCUGUCAUUGAACAGGAACUGGCAGACACAGACCAUCAUGUGACCAAGCAACUAGUUAAUAACAUCCUUGUCCUUUACCAAACAUUAAAAGUCAGCAAAGGAGUGAUUAUGGUUGGAUGUUCAGGCAGUGGCAAGACCACCUCAUACAAAACAUUGUCAAGGACGUUGAAUCUUUUGGCCAGAAAUGAGCCCAAGUUGGCCGCACAUCAGUCUGAAAGUACUGACCCCUCAUACAGAACUGUGCAAGUCUCUGUUUGUUUCCCAAACAGCCUAUCCACAGAAGAGCUGCUGGGAGCCAUGGAUCAUCAAUCCUGGAAGAACGGGAUUGUCUCCAAAUGGCUGAGUGAAGUUAAGAGCUGGUCCCAGGCCAGGUCACUUGUCAAGGAGUUUGAGUCACCUCAGGUGAAACCCUAUCAUUGCCCGGAGCCUCUCAGGUGGAUGGUGUUGGAUGGUGAACUGUGUUUAGAUUGGCUGGGCCCCAUCAGCAGUUUGUUAACUCAUAAACAAUCCCUCACCCUGUCCAAUGGGGACCAAAUCUCCUUCAUAGAAUCUACUUCCCUCAUUCUUGAAGUGACGGACCUCAGCAAUGCCCCUCCUUCGGCAGUGACCUGGUGUAACGUGGUCCAUUAUCAGGGCAGUCACGUGUGGGAAGCUGUGUUGGCCAACCUGGUGGAGAAGAUAUACAGUAACUACAGUGUACCUCGCAACAUUGUCAAGCUGUUUACACAACUUGGACAGGAUCUUAUUCCAAAAACUGUGGCUUUCCUGGAGCAGCAUUGUGUCCCCGCACUGACCCAGCAAGCAGAAUACAGCAUGAUCCAACAGAACCAAGUGGCACAGGGCCUGCAAGAGGUAAUGGCCUUCAAAAACAUUCUUAAGGCUCUCCUUGAUAAACACCUGUUACGUGACCAACAGCAAGAGGACAUAGCAGGUGUAGAGCAGACCAUUGUCACAUCACAACAUCAGCGUGCUCGCCUUGAUGACAGUAUCCUACCCAAGAACUAUAUCUUGGCCAAGAACAUCCUUGCUGUGGCUUUCAUCUGGAGUUUUGGAGGACACCUGCACACAAGCUCUUGGCCUCAGUUUGACCAGUUUGCCAGACAGGCCCUCAGCAGCAGUGACUACAACAUUGACAUCCCCUCAGAGGGCUUGGUCUUUGACUAUUACAUCGACCCUGACACUGGCUGCCUGGUUAGUCUAUUCAGACACAACGAGUCAGAAAAGAAGAAGAGCAAAGUUCCAGCCUAUGUUCUCAUUCCUGAGAUGUACCAAAGUACAGUGAAAGAGGCGGGUUCAGGAUGCCAACCAGUCAUUGAGACGUUCCGUCACUCAUUGACCUGUCAUGGCUCGUAUGAUGGGAACUGCCAGCAGUUCCGUUACUUCCAUUCUGCCCGUGUCAACUACAUCAUGACUUGUGCACCACUCCGAGGAAGAAUGGGUUUUGUCUCAUCUCGUUUCACCCGAUUGUUCACUGUCCUUGCUCUCCCAGAGAUGACUUCAGCCAUGUUAACAGCCAUUUACACUCCCUGUGUGACCCAGUGGCUGAAUAACUUCCCGACCUACACACUGGCCAGACACGCUGUCCUGGCCCAUGCUCUUGUUUCAGCCACAGUGGAGCUCUACCACAGAGUAAGGCAGACUCUGAAGCCAUCACCUAGCUGUGCCCAUUAUCUGUUCUCAAUGGCGGAUAUCGGGGCAGUAUUGAAUGGUAUGUUCUUGCUGAAUCCUGCGUCUAUCACCACGCUUGUCAAACCCAAGAAAGGUAAAUUCAAGCGAUCAGGAUCUCGGCUGUCAUCCACCAUUUCGUCUGUCACUAAAAUCAUCAUCGAUCUGUGGCUACAUGAGUCCAUGAGGACCUUCUCCGACUGCCUCCUGAUCAAAGAGGACAAGAAAACUUUGACACAGAUAUUGGAGGAAGUGGCUCAGUUUCAUUUCUGUACUUCUGAAAAUGGAGCUGAAAGCCUUCAGACUCUGCAAAAAGUAGCUGAAUCCUCAAUUGAGGUUACUAGUCUGAGCCAGUCUAAUGUGGUAGAGUUCCAACAAAUAAUCACUCCGGUCUCCCUGGAAGAGCAGAGUGCAGAUAGAUCUAGAGAGACAUCUGGUGAUGGUGGCAGAGAGCUUGGAGUUAUCGCUAAUCUAGACCCCAAAAGCCAAUUACCUCAACCUCUGCAGCUCACUGAAUCUGGAUCAAAGAUCUCAAGCAAGACUUCAGAGCAAGCAGAAACUACCAAGAGAGAUUACUCCAGUUCUGAGGUUCAACAUCGGUUGACUUCAGUAUCAGAGAGUCAGACAAAUGACUCAAAGACCAGGAGUCAUUCUCCAGCCGGGGCACCCCAUGACAAUCCAUGGACAGAAAGUGAGACCUCUGUCCAGAAAAAGCACAAACAUGCCAGAAGUCACAGCAGGAAGACUAAGAGGUCAGAAACUCUAAAACCACUGUUCCCACCCCAUUUACUGCGCACAGAGGAAUCUUUAAGUAACCUCAUCUACAGCAAGUUGGCUGUUCGCCCAGUUAAUAAACAACAGAUGAGCUCUCCCAAGUGGAACCCAUACCGGGAGGUGAACUGUGAUACGAUUGCCCAGCAACUCCAGUUAAUUGUCCAGAAACAGAACCACAAAAACAAAACCAACUACCAAAUCAUUUUCUUCAACGAAUGUGUGUAUCACUUUGUACGUAUCUACAGGGUUCUGUGCAUUCCCAGAGGUCACUGCGCCUUGCUGUCUCUCACUAAUUUCUCUGGCCGUAAAACACUGGUCAGAUUGGCUGCCUACCUCACUAUGGCUGACCUCUUUGAGAUCAACGGUGAGAUGUCGAGACUGGAGAUAGCUAAAGUGAUUAAGCAGGCAAGUUAUGGGGCUGGGAUUCAUGGAAAAGACACAGUGAUUCUGGUCCACGGGGCUCUGAGGAAAGACAUACUCCAAGAUUUGAAUGACGUGAUGGCAGAGGGUAAAUAUCCCGAGCUUUACACAGCCAUUGAAUUGGAGGAAUUAGCCAAGAUGUUUGCCAACAUUAGGAGGCUGCCAUUAAAUGUGAAGAGAGAGCAGGUGAUGGAGAGGUUUCUCUUGGCUGUAUUGCAGUCACUCCAUGUGGUGUUGCUGUUGAACACAUGGGAUAGUGCCUACAUGCCCGGACAGAGGGUUGGCCUCCCUGGAUACCUGGCUCACUUCCUCCUGCACUGUAGCUGCAUCGAUGUGUGGCAGCCUUGGCCACACCAAGCUUACACCCAGAUUGCCAGCUCACAACUCGGAGUUAGCAACCUCUCAACAAUCAACAGGAUCAACGGUCAAUCAGUCGCUCAAAUUUGGACAAUGAUUCCAGAAAUCACCAAUGUCAUGGCUUUAAUUCACCAAUCAGCUCUGAGCUACUUGAACCAUGUGCUCCCCACUGUGCCUCUCAUUUCCCCACGUCACUACUUAGAUUUCAUUGACCUCUUCUGGAUGCUAACCCAUAACCUGGAUCAAUGUGUGGGUUUGGAAAGUGAGAGGAUGGGACUGGGUUUGGAUAAGAUCCAGCAAUUGUAUAAAGAAGCUGAGGAAUACAUGAAGUACAUAGACAACCUGAAACACAAGCUGGAUGAACUGGCAGAGAUAAGGAGGCAGCUGAUUGACCGGUUUGGGAAAGUGAAAGGAGAAUUUAUAGAUCUCAUGUCAAAAUGUCGUGAUGAGGAGUUUCGUAUCGCACUGCUAAUGCGAGAACUGGAGGCGGCACAGAAGAAAUUUGAUGAAGAGUUUGGCAUGGUGAAACCAAUCUAUGCCACAGCUUUAAAAGCUCUUCAGUCACUGAACUCUGCCAAUCUGGAUGAGGUUCGGACCUAUCGAGCCCCCCCUCCUCCCGUUGUCAUGGUGAUGAACACCCUAUGCCUGAUGUUUGGAAAACCGGAAGGUUGGGAAAAUGCAAAACAGUUAAUUGGCCAGCCAAACUUCUACCAGGAACUGGAAUUCUACGACAAGGACAAUAUUCCAGAAUCCGUGCACAAGGCUCUGGGGGAUAUUGUGGAUCAACCGGAAUUCCAACCAGAAGUAGUGCGGGAGGCCAGCCAGGCCUUAGAAUCUUUCAGUCUGUGGAUUAAAGCGAUCUACCAGUACUCCAGCUUGGUCCGUGAGUACAGUCCUUCCUUUGUCAACGAGUACCAAUCCCGCAUUGAGGAAGCUCAGCUCAGACUGGGAUUGCUGAGGAAGCAGACAUUUGAAAUGAAGAAAAAACUGGUUGCUUUGUUACGGGAAGAUGGAGAUGACUACUUGUCAGACUCUGACUCGGUGACAGACCUCAGUGACAUAGAAGUGCUCCGACUGGUGGAACAAAAGGAGCAGGACGCACUGCAGGCCCUCAAAGAUGACGAGGAUAUACAUUUAGCUGAGAUGGCAAAAUGGCAGCAGAAACUGACUGAAGCUAAAGACCUGAUGCGUGCGAUGAACCCUCACCAAAAUGACUGGGACGUUGCCUUAAAACAGGCAGAAAACAGAAGGAUGACGGUUUCCGGGGACAGUUUGUUGACAGCAGCUGCCAUUGUUUACCUCAGCCCCUUUGGUGAGAAUCUGAGGCAGGAACUCCUGAAGAAAUGGGAAGCAGCUUGCUACACAGGAGAGAUACAGAUGGAGCCGGAAGAUGUGCGACAGGAACUAAUAAAGUUGCUGCCAGAGAAAACAUUCCCUGCCUCACAAGAAAAGGCGGGAUCAGACACAGAGCACCAUCCAGCUUCUAAAUUCAUCCCCACUCGGAGUGACUUCCUGCUACUGGACAUUCUCAGUUCCCUGGGAGAGCAGUUAAAGUGGAACCGUGCUAAACUUCCAGUCAAUGCCACCGCCAGAGUCAGCGUUCUGCUCACACGGAUCCUGAUCAAAUACUGUCCAUUACCAAUACCACUUUUCAUUGAUCCUGAUUAUCAGUGCAGAAUGUGGCUGCAGGUUUUGCAGGAGGGUGGUGGCCCACGUCUCAAUAGAGAACUGCUAGGAGUCCCAGCUGACAACCCUUUCCCUGAAGAGGAGGAAGGAACCAUGAACACUGUUACAGGGGAAUCACUGAGCAACAGGAUUGCGGCUGACAUACUGACUGGAGAGAUUCCUGUGGAAGAAGAAGAGAUUGACUGGGUCCCUGAGUCGGUAACAGAGAAACCACCCAACAACAUAUGGGUCUAUCCCAUCACCACCGAGAAACUGGAUCACAUUGUGCUGACCGCAGCAAGCAAUGGGAUUGCACUCAUGGUAACUAAUAUUGAGCGAAAGCCUUUCACACUCCUUCUAAAGAAGCUGUUGAAAGUUCAAACCUGGUGGAGUCCUGAUCAACCGUGGGAGCUGACCUUUGGGAAGCUGCAGAUUGAGGUCAAGCCGACAUUCCGCCUGUACCUGAGUACAUCAUUACCCGUCAGGAUCUUCAGUUUAGAAUUUGAUCGAAAUUUCCUGAAGCAGGUUAGAGUGUUGUCCUUUACCAUCAGCAAAUCAGGACUGCAGGAACUCUUCCUGAAGGAGGUGCUGUACUUUGAUAGAGACAGGCCGACCAAUGUGGAACAUACCCAGCAGAUGGACACAAUGUACCUUCAACACCAGCUGCAAGUAACACAGGAAGAGCUGAUGGACAAAGUGAUCCAAACUGCUACGAGUCUGCUCAAUGACAGGAGUAUCCAGACAGCAGCAGUGGAAAGUCAGGAUACCAAGGAGCAGAUACACGGUUAUCUCAAAACCUUGAACCCAAGUAAGAGGACUGCCAUUGCAGUGACUGAGGACCCGUAUGUCACCAUCUCUAACAUCGGCUCUGAAAUGUACUGGGCAUUAAUCCAAAUCUGUCGACUCAAUCCUCUGUAUUAUUUCUCAAAAACCAGUUUCAUAAAAGUGGUGAGGGAAAUUCUGUCAAAGCGGAAUUUGAAAGUUCGCUCUUUAGGAACUGGAACCUGCACAGACCACUUCAUGGACCUGAUGUAUCACCUCAUGUCUGAGCUCUACAAAUACUUGCGCUGGUGUCUCUUUGUGCAGCACGCCCGGUUGUACAGGUUCCUUGUAGCUGUUGGCCACAUGAAGGUGAUGAACACAGUGACCAAGUUAGAGUGGGAGCUCUUUCUGAGGGGGACCCAGGAUCUAAAAUAUGAUGUAUCAGCCCAGAGUACGUGUGUCCUGAAGCCCAGCUGGGUGAGUCAGGAGACCUGGGACAGUUGCUGCAUAUUAGAAUUGUUACCUGCAUUUAAGAACCUAAGAAUCUCUCUUGCCAAGAAAGCCAAUCAAUGGCGAGAAUACUUUAGCCUUUCAUCAACUGUGAUUAGUGCAAUUCCUUGCUCCUCAUUUGCACAUCUUAACACUUUCCAGAGGGCUAUCCUGUGGAAAUUCUUCCAGCCCCACAAGCUGAGUAUGAUCAUGAAUGAUGUGGUCAGCUGUGAGCUGGGAGGAACAUUGACCAGAGACCUGCGUCCCAACACCACAUCUCUCUUUAACUACAGCUGGCAGAAUGUUCCAGUCAUGUUUCUGCUGCCUGAAGAUGGUUCACUGAGUCUCUCCACACACCCACUCUACUGGAUUGAACAGAUGGCCAGAGAGCACCAGAUGCACAAUAAAGUCCAUGUCAUUUCUUGUGGAGCACAUGAUGAAGUGGACAAGGUUCGAAAUGAGUUGCAGUUGACCAUGAGCAAAGGAAGAUGGCUGAUUCUGAACAAUUGUCACCUAUUGGAACACUGGGACAGCGAGCUGCUUAACAUUCUCCUUCAGCUAACCACUACCUAUAAAGCCUACCUUCCCACCAAAGGAGCUUCCAUUACAGUUUCCAAAUAUGAUGUAUGUGAUGUUCUUGAAGAGGAGACACUGACAGUUCUAACCAAUGCCGGCCUCAUCAUCCAUCGGGAUUUCCGCCUGUGGCUCAUUUGCAAAAAUGAUUCUGCUGUCUCCCUGCCAGGGAUAUUAAGGCGUCAUGUGACCAAGUUGAUUAUUGAGACACCAUCAAUGCUACAAAACACCUUGCAUCAGUCGUACACGCAGGCCCGGAUCAAACAGGGAGAUACAGUGACAGCAGAACGCCUUACUCUCCUCACUGCACUACACUCAAUCCUUCUUCACCGGCAGCACUACAGAAACUGGGCUCAGGCGCACUCCUAUAACUGGACACAGGCAGAUUUAUUUGCUGCCCUUCAAACUCAAGUGAAACUGCAAACGACCUGGGAUAACUCGGGCAUUCUGCUUGAACGUCUCAUCGGCAUGACUGUGUACAGUGGUCACCUGUUAGACAGGGAGGAUCAGGCAGCACUGGACAGCAUUAUUAACCACUGCCUGACGAGUUCCAAGGGUCCGUCCAGCAAGGGAAUCCGCGGCCUCAUUACAUUACUCAUCGGCACCAGAGGGACACCGUUGACAAAUGUGACACAUCAAGACAUUGAGAAACGGAUCAACCACAUGUCCAACUCCAUUGAAUCUGUCACAAUUGGAAUUUGCAAUGGCUUUGAGGAACAGCUGUUUAUCCAGAACAGUGAAUUCAUGAACACAAUUCUGUUCAUGGCCCAGAUCCCUGGUCACCCUGGUCACAUAGACAUCAGCCGCAAUGAGAGAGUGGUAGCCCUGAUGACUGAUAUUCUGGACAUUCUCCAGAAUCUGAAGACCUCAAUGACAACUAACCCUGAGAUUGAAGACAGAGAGGGGAAGUGGCUCAGUGCAGAGCCCAUUAGGAGGUUCCUUCUAAGGGAAAGAUCUCAUUUCAAGCAUUUGGUUGAUCAGGUCCUGUGUGAUCUCAACAAUGUGAUGCAUGUUCUAGAAGGAUCCAGACUCUCCAACCUUGAGUCAGAUGACAUGAUUGAAUCACUGAGGUCUGGCCACCUUCCUGGUGUCUGGGAGUCACUGAGCCGAGUGAGAGCACCACUCCUGCAGUGGGUACAGCUCCUGAGAACCAGGCUGGAACUGCUGAACAAUUACUUGGCUGGUCCAGAGGCUCCUGUCUCCUACAACCUGACAGCAUUUCAGCAUCCACGGCUGUUACUCAGCGCUUUGCUGCAGCAGAAAGCUCAGUCCGAGCACCUCGACCUGAACAGAUACAGCAUACAAAGUCAGGUCUUGGGUAGUUCCCUCCCUCCCACCACCCCCCCCGUGGAUGGUAUCUACAUAACCGGCCUCAGGAUACAUAACGCACUCUGGGACACGACACACAGCCUCCUGCAGGAUACUCUCUCCAUCAAACCCUGCAACAUUCCAGCAGUGUGGCUGAGGGCAGAACAUAAUGAGGCAAUCAGCACCCAGCACCUUUACCCAUUCUACAAGUGCCCAGUCUACCAGGGAGCAGAGAACAUUACGGUGGACCUGCAAGACAGCAAUGUGAUCACCCACUUACCCCUCGAGUCAAGGAUGGACCCUUUGGUCUGCGCACAACGACGAGUUCACAUUGUGAGCGUCAUCUGAAGCUAAUGUUCAACAUCAACAUUGCCCUGAGCUAAAUUAAAA